AUGGCUCCUCAGACUAUGGCAGAAAAGGCCAAGGCCAAGCUUCAGGCCGUUCUUGAAAACCCCAACAGAAACGAUGCAACCUCUUACAAGCAAAGAGUUAUGACUACCACGACACCUGCGACUGGUUCUGACUGGACCAAUACCUGGGUGAGACGAAAUAGUAACGAUCGUCGAGCCAGUGUUGGUAGUGAGGGGUUGGGCGCAUCGCCCGUUCGGCGUAGGUCGAGUUUUCAGGAGUGGCUAUAUCCUUCUGCUCGCUGA